UCCAAGGGGGUGUACGUGCGGCUCGAGUCGUGCCGUUUGUGCGCGCACGCGCGAUGCGUGAGCCUGUGGGAACGCAUUCUCGCUCGCGCUCUGCCCCGCGGUAUAUUCCUGUGCGAGGCCACUCCGAGGCGAUCCGAGAGAAUUCGAGAAAUCUCUCCCGAGGUGAAAGGUCACUGUGAAAGUGCUCGAGGAAGAUAAGCCCUCCAGGUGACGCGGGGUGGGGGGGGGGGGAGCCGUCUGGCGCAGGUCGGUGGAGGAGAACGCAAGAGGAAGCGGUCGUGCGGAUCCGACCUCGCGCUCUCUCCUUCGCCAUGGCACCGGAGGACCUGGAGGUGGACGUCAACACGACGCUGAGCGAGGAGCAGGGAGACGACGCGGCCGAGACGUCGGGCGCCGACGGCUGGGCUCUCGCGUCUCCCGAGAGCGGCCCGCAGCCCAGCCUCGUCGUCGCGUCUGAGCUCGGCGUGCGGGACAGCACCAAGCUCUUGGGCGUCCAGGUGGUGCUCAUCGCCGCCUACUCCAUCAUCAUCCUGCUCGGCGUGGUGGGCAACUCGCUGGUCAUCUACCUGAUCGCGCGCUACCGCGGCAUGCGCACCGUCACCAACUACUUCAUCGCCAACCUGGCGCUCGCCGACCUGUUCGUGAACGCGCUCUGCCUGCCCUUCACGCUCGCCUACACACUCACGGACCAGUGGAGCUUCGGCUCCGUGCUCUGCCACCUGGUGCCAUUCUCGCAGGCGCUCGCCGUGCUCGUGUCGACGCUCACGCUCACGGCGAUCGCGCUCGACCGCCAACGCUGCAUCGUGCACCACCUCGAGAGCCGCCUGUCCCAGCCCGUCAGCUUCAUCAUCGUGGCCGCCAUCUGGGGUCUGGGUGCGGUGCUCGCGUCCCCGCUGGCUGUCUUCCGCGAGUAUCACCACGUGGAGUUCCCGGGACUCGGCCGCAGAGCCGUGUGCACCGAGAGUUGGCCGGGCGGCCAGGAGCGCGACGCGAUCAUCUACAGCGUCUCAAUGCUGGUGCUGCAGUACGUGCUGCCUCUGUGCGUCAUCACGUGCGCGUACGUGCGCAUCUGGGCCAAGCUGAGGAGCCACGUGAGCCCCGGAACCAGCGGCCGGGCCAACGUGGACCGCCAGUGCCGUCGCAAGAAGACCACCAAGAUGCUGCUGAGCGUUGUGGUGGUAUUCGCCGUCAGUUGGCUACCCUUCAACGCCUUCCAACUCGCCAGCGACAUCCACGGCCGAGUGCUGGACCUGUCAGAGUAUAAGCUCGUCUACACACUGUUCCACGUGGUGGCCAUGUGCUCCACCUUCGCCAACCCGUUUCUCUACGGGUGGAUGAACACCAACUACCGCAACGGCUUCCUCACCGUGUUCCGCUGCGAGCGACACACGGACGCGAUCCGGCCCGAGACUGAGUUGGCAUCGAUGCGCACGCGGUCUCUCCGGGAUGGACCUCGCCGACAACAGCAGCAGCAGCAGCAGCAAUGUGUGGCCUCUGGAGUCAGAGCCGACGCCACGUCGGACAGGACGCAGACAACCACCAGCAGCGUCAUAGACGGCCGCCGUAAACGCGUGCCGGCGGAAGGGGAUGCGGAGCGGCAUGGGAGGACAUUCGCCGGCACAGCGGACGAGAAAGCGCCUCUGCCCAGUGUGGACACGUAACAUUUGAUCGAACGUAUGUCAACUAUGUCCUGGCAGUUACGCAGUGGUUAGCGCACGGCGCUGUGAGCCUGGCGACCUGAGUUUAAAUCCCGCCUUGGAGUGACCGUGGCGAGUGAUAUCAGAACCGGUUCAGGGCAUCAUAGCCCACCCACCCUCACCCUCAACGCUUUCACCAACAGGCGCUGACCAGCGGCCUGAAGUAUGGCCGAGCAACGCCUUUGACCGACACGAUGUGCGGAGGUCUUCAUCUAGCAGUAGAGUGACGAUAGGCCGCACACCGACGGUAGUGUACUGGUAUACGCUGCAUAUAACAUUAUUGUUUCAGUCGGUGCCGGAUUUUUAGCAGUUCAGCCAAGGUGAUGUGUUAAAGGUGUUUUCCUCUUCUACAAAAGCAAAAACAAUGUAUCGGCCCAGGGAGCUGUGGAUUUGAGACAACGGCACGGCAUCCGACAAUGUGCGUUCGUGUUUCGUUUGAUUAUGGUGGUGGUGAUGGUUUUGAUGAUGAUGAUGUGUGUUGCCUGCAUUGAGUAUACCUCCUAUAUGACGCAUGAGUGGACGAGGUCAAGGCUUCAACCCGAGCAGACGACCAACCGUUCGGCUUGCCGUGAAGGUGUCACGCACGCAACAAACACGCUAUAAUUCGUGCGCGGAGAUCACGUGAAGAUCGCACAGAGAACUGUGCUUACCAAGGAAGCCCAAUUUGUAACGACUGCGUUGUUUUUUUUUAACGGAGCGCACCUUUUAAUGAACGACAUGGUUUGUAUUUGUCUACUGCACAGUUACGUACCAGCUGCGUACCUCUUUAACACGUAGGCUUUCGCGACCAAUAUCAUCCAUAAUACAGGUUUUUUUUGGGGGGGGGGUUAGAUCGCGUAAAUAUAUACAUGUGUCGUUAAACCUGCCACCACCCGACACAA